CCAGUCUGUCCCUUUUCCCUCGCUGCAAAUUCCUUCCCUCCCCUUCCCCCUUCAUCAUUACUAUGAUUCUGCAAUCCCCAUUUUAAGUUCAUCCCUUUUAUCUCUCCAUUAAUCCCAUUGUUAACAGUAAUCUAGAGACCUCCAAAUUUAGCAAAAUAGAAUCCAUAAACCCUUGAUUUUCUGUUUCCACCUUUACUUUGUCACCGAAGAAUCGUAGCUUACAGAUUCAAUUACAACAAUGUUAUCAUCGUCUUCCCCAUAUGUGUAUUCCUUUGCCCUUUUCCUUUCUUUGUUUUUGCUUUUUACUCUUGCUCCCCAAUUCCUUCCUCCCAGAGAACAGCAAUCCCCUGUUCCUCUUCAGGACGAGCUCGACGAUCUACACCUCUUCCACCAAGCCACCGUCGCUUCCUCUGGGAAGAUUUCCCAUCUGGGUUUUACCAAUCCCAAACCCAAAAUCGCCUUUCUCUUCCUUACCAACUCCGAUCUCGUUUUCGCCCCUUUGUGGGAACUGUUUUUCCAAGGUCACUAUCAAUUCUACAACAUCUACAUCCACGCUGAUCCCUCCUCCAAGGUGUCUCCUCCGAAUUGGGCAAUUUCUGCCAAUUUCAUCCCCGCCAUCAAAACAGAACGAGCCUCCCCAAGCCUAAUCUCCGCCGCUCGUCGCCUCUUCGCUCGCGCCAUCAUUGACGAUCCAUUAAACCUCUACUUCGCCCUGGUGUCCCAACAUUGUAUCCCACUCCAUUCCUUUCAAUACAUUUACAAAUCCUUAAUCGGGAAUCCGGCCACCGCAGUCAGAGCGUUUCUAACCCAGCCGUCUCACCCGAGCUUCAUCGAAAUCUUGUCCGAUGAACCAACUCUAGAGAGCCGCUACAUUGCUCGGGGGAAGGAAGUGAUGUUGCCGGAAGUAAGUUUCGAGCAGUUCAGAGUGGGAUCCCAGUUUUUCAUCCUAUCCAAAAGGCACGCAUUGCUUGUGCUCAAAGAAAGAAAACUCUGGAGGAAAUUCAGGCUCCCCUGUUUGGACAUUGAUUCAUGCUACCCCGAGGAACAUUAUUUCCCGACCCUGUUAUCAAUGGCGGAUCCUGAAGGGUGCAGCCACUAUACCUUAACCAGAGUGAACUGGACCGACAGUGUGGGCGGACAUCCCCACACCUACCACGCCCCGGAGGUGUCGCCGGAGCUCAUACAUAACUUGAGGGAAUCAAAUUCGCGUUACUCGUAUUUCUUUGCUCGGAAAUUCUCGCGGGAUACCUUGGCGCCGUUGAUGAAGAUCGCCGACAGUGUCAUUUUCAGAGAUUGAACUUAAUUUGGGUAAAUUAAUGGCUAUUUAUAUUCACUUAUUAUGGGCGUGUUUGUUAGGUUUAAGAUUAGUGUAUGAGCUAGGGAAACUAGGAAGAAUAUUUAGAUUGUAAGUAAUACUUUCAAUAAUUAAAAUUUUGAUAU